AGACGGGCCGUCAUAUUGCUGGUGAGAUCAACUAUUCUUAACUUUGAACCAAGAGCUUCUGGGUUGCAUCCCAAUGUGCACCACAUCGUACGAUGCAAUACACGUAGGUCGAGGUCUUGCUGUAUCUUCGUCGUCGAAGCUCGAAGCUCCCGGUUGAUGAUCGGAAUCCUUUCAGCUUGGGAGACAUCAUCCCCGAGCAGCGCAGAGGAUGACAGGCGGAGUUCGAGCAUAUCGCUGUGUCGAGCUUCCAUUAGAUGGGAGUCAGCUAGCACAAUGAGCGCCUUGCUGUCGCCGAUCGUGCUGCGUCGAGCUGCUCGUCGGCUGAAAGAGUGGGUCAGCAUAACAGCCCCAGGUGCGCGGGUCAUCAUAUGUGGAUCUGACAUGGCGCUGGACUUCUCGAAAUGCUCGCGUCCGACUUUGGCAAACACGCUCAAGGACAAGGCGCGCCUCUCCGACCAGUUCGUCGUGGGGUUCGAGGUCUUCCUCAAGCUCGACGACGCGACCACAGUGCAACUCGACUUCGUUGACGCUCCCGAAUACUACUUCCAGCCGUCAGAGGCGGACUCAGUAGUGAUUUCGCUCCCCGACGACCCGACCCUCGAGGUGCUCUCCCCGCCGACGCUCCUCGUGCACAAGAUCAUCGCGAAGGUCAAACGGAAGCAGCAGAUAGACUGCUCGGACAUCGGGUUUCUACUGGCGUUGUGCGCGAAUGGGCGGCAUACUCUGUUGCCUGUGCAUGGCAACGCUUUUCGGGGGAGGCAGCAGGAGAUCAUGAAUGCCUUCGUCGCUGUUGCAGGAGAGACGAUGGCGCCGGGAAGGGUUGCACGAUACAUGUGUGAAUGGAAUGGGCUUGUAGUUGCAAGUGGGCUUGAUGGAAGCUUUUACAUGGUAUGAACAUCUUCGUUCUGUCAAAACCUUCAAAACACCUAGCUAAGACUCUUAGCUAACGGCAUCUUCGGGCUACGUCGUCUUGUCCCACGGUAGUGUAGAUGGCAAUGAAUCCACGGCUAUCGACCUCACA